GAGCCCUGUACUGAGCGCGCGGGAGAGGACGGGACGACAGGAUCAGCGGACACGUUCCCUGCCCACGGCGAGUGAGGGUUUCAGCGAGCGUAUGAGAUGGCCGUGAUGGAAGUUGCUUGCCAAGGAGCGGCCGGGGUGGCCCAGAAGGAUCCGGCCGUGGCCCAGGGGCAGGGCCAGGGCCAGGGCCAGGGCCAAGCCGCCGGCCGGACACAGAGCUCCGUGUGCACCCUGGAAGCCGGCGCGGGGGAGAAGCCCCCCGUGUUCUUCCGGCAGUGGGAGAUCCUGAACGCCGUGUUCACCAAGGGGACGGCCAAGGAAGGGACCCCCAAGGAAGGGGCCGAGGGAGGCUCGGCCUCCAUCUCCAUCAUCGCGCAGGCCGAGUGUGAGAGCAGUCAAGAGUUCAGUCCCACGUCUUCCGAGAGGCUCUUCAUCGCAGGGUCUAAGCAGUUCAGCCGAUCCGAUCACCUCGAUCAGAUCCCCAACAAUGUGGCUCACGCGACGGAGGGGAAGGUGGCCCCAGCCGGCUGGAAGGGAAAGCGCCGCGGGAAGGCCCGGAAGAAACGGAAAAAGAGGAGGCCCAAGGCCCCAGCGCCGGCGGCCGUGGCCAGAGCUCUACCCAAAACACCCGAGCAGGAAAGCUGUACCAUCCCGGUGCAGGAAGAUGAGUCCGCGGCAGGCCCGUACUUCAGGAACCUACGGCGCUUCCCGGACCCUCCCCGGGGGCCGGCCUGUGUCCAGACUGAGAAACUGGGGGAGGGGUCCCCCGUCUCCCCGGGGGCCCCCAAAUCCGAACUCCACAAACUCAUCAGCCCCGUGCAGUGCCUGAACCACGUGUGGAAACUCCACCAGCAGAGAGACUUGUUCCCCCCGCCCAAGCUGGGCCCCGCGUCCCCCUACCACAAAUUUCCUCACCCCUUCCCCAUCCUCCCCUUUCAGGCCCGAAAGCCCAGCCCCUUGGAGGCCUAUUUGGACGCCUCCGGCGGGCAGGGCCCCCUGCCAGGCCUGAGCGGGAGGUGGGGCGGUCAGCCCAGGCCCGCCCUGGGCGAGAAGCUUUCUGUGGAGGAAUAUCUGGUGCACGCCCUGAAGGGCAGCGUGAGCGCGGGGGAGCCCAGGAGUUUGAGCGGCCUGGCCAAGACGUGGCAGGGGGCCGGAGAGCCCACCAGCCCCGUCCCGGAGGCGGACGAGAACGAGGGAGUCCUGCUUUCUGAGAAACUGAGGCCGGUGGAUUACGAGUACCGAGAAGAGGUCCACUGGACAAAAUGUCCGGAGCGCCUAGGCAGGGGCUCCUUCGGGGAGGUGUAUCGGAUGGAAGACAAGCGGACGGGCUUUCAGUGUGCCGUCAAGAAGGUGCACGUCGGAGCUUUCCGCGCAGAGGAGUUGACAGCGUGCGCCGGAAUGACGUCCCCCAAGCUCGUCCCCCUGUACGGCGCCGUGAAGGAAGGGUCUUGUAUCAACAUCUUCAUGGAGCUGAUGGAUGGCGGCUCCCUGGGCCAGCUGAUCAAGCAGAAGGGUCGCCUCCCUGAAGACCGGGCCUUAUAUUACCUGGGGCAGACCUUGGAGGGGUUGGAAUAUCUUCACGCCCGCCGCAUCCUCCACGGAGAUGUGAAAGCAGACAACGUCCUCCUGUCAGGGGACGGGAGCCUGGCCUUCCUCUGUGAUUUCGGCCACUCAACUCACCUGCAGCCCCACGGCCUGGGGACGUCCCUGGUGACGGGACGCUACGUCCCCGGCACGGAGACCCACGUGGCCCCGGAGGUGGUGAUGGCCAAGCGCUGCGACUCCAAGGUGGACGUGUGGAGCAGCUGUUGCAUGAUGCUGCACAUGCUCAACGGGUGCCACCCCUGGACUCAGUACUACAAUCACCCCCUCUGUCUCAAGAUCGCCCAGGGGCCGCCGCCGGUGAGGGAGAUCCCGCCCUCCUGUGCCCCCCUCACCGCCGAUGCCAUCCGCGAGGGGCUGGAGAAGGAGCCCGGGCACCGAGCCUCCGCCGCAGAGCUGCGCCCCCGAGUUGGCCGGGCCCUGCAGCAGGUGGGGGGGCUGAGAAGCCCCUGGAGAGGAGAAUACAGGGAGCCGAGGCGUUUGGCCGUCAACACGGAGUCGCCGCCGGACACAGAGGCUCCACAGCCGGCCCUCACCCGGCCGGUUCCCCCGGCCGGGCCUGCACCCAAGCCGGGACCGGUCAGCGGGAUGACGGGAGGGACCCGGAAACUUCAACCCCCCGUACCUCCGGAGCCACCAGAACGGAACCACGGGCCGCCCCCGGGGCCGGGCAAGGAGGACUCAGGGGGCUGGGGACCCCGGCCCCUCUCCUCCCUCGGCCCCGGCCCCGGCGAGCGCAAGGCCACCGUCUCUGACCAGGAGCUGCAGCAGCUGGAGAUAGAGCUCUUUCUGAACAGCCUGUCCCAGCCGUACUCCCUGGAAGAGCAGGAGCAAAUGUUGUCGUGUCUCAGCAUCGACAGCCUGUCCCUGUCCGACGCCAGCGAGAAGAACUCGUCGAGGGUCUCGCAAAGCCUCCGUGACAACUUGAGCUCCGGGGUUCACUCGUGGAACAGCCAGGCGGACGGGCAGACCUUCAGCUGGAACAACCUGCUCUCGCGCGGCCGGCAGACGGACACCCCCAGCUACUUCAACGGGGUGAAAAUCCAGAUCCAGUCACUCAACGGGGAGAGCCUGCAUAUCCGAGAGUUCCAGCGAGCCAAGGUGGGGGACAUAGCCACCGGAAUCAGCAGCCAGAUCCCGGCUUCGGCCUUCAGCCUGGUGACCAAGGACGGACAACCCGUGCGCUACGACAUGGAGGUCCCCGACUCGGGCAUCGACCUGCAGUGCACCCUGGCCCCCGACUGCAGCUUCGGCUGGACCUGGAGGGUCAAACAGGGCCGCCUGGAGAACAGGCCCUAG